UUAGCUGAUUCAUGUUGAAUUGACUGUAAUUGUUAUCUUAUAGCUAAUGCGUUUUCGAUCAAUCCUUUCCAAUAAUCAACUAUUCCAAAUUCACUAUCUCAUUCAAAUCCAUCAGUAAUUUAGUGUAGCUAAAGAACUCGAGAUACUAGAUACUUGCUGCUUUUUAAAUACCAUAUCGUCUGUUGUGUUUAUUUCUUCCUUCAAUUGUCUUGAUUGAUCACUGCUUGAUGUUACUAUCUGUUUUUUAUCCAAUUGAUAUGAAGCCAUGAGUGUAUUUUCAUUUGGGUCAACUUCUUUCCAUGAACUUGCUCUUGGUGCUAUAGAGCAGCCUUUCAUAUCUACUCCUACACAGAUUGAUUUAAAUAAGCAUCUGAAAGCUGCCUUUGGUGAAACGGUUAACUGCUCGUCUGAGACUAGCUGUGACACCGUUAAUGACCAUGGUUUACUGUCAGAAGAUUUGUUUAAAUUUAAAGUUGAACAAGUUACUGGUGGACGUAAUCAUAUCAUAAUCUUACUGCACGAUGAAGAGAAAAGUAAAAGUAUAUUAUUGUCCUGUGGUUCCAAUGAAAGACAACAGUUGGGUCGAGAAGGAAGUUGGUCUAAAUUAUUAGCUGUCCAAAAUUUCGGUUCUCAUUUUGUUAACCAAGUUUCUUGUGGAUAUUUCCAUAACUCCAUUUUGACUGAUGCUGGACAAAUUUUCUCUUGGGGUUGUAAUCAGUUUGGUCAACUUGGACUUGCCAAAGAUUUUGAAUCGAUAGGAAAACCUUCUCUAAUUAAAAUAUUAGCCCACCAAUGCGUUAUUCAGAUAUGUUCUGGAGCUCAUCAUUCGCUAGCCUUAACAAAAAAUGGAGAAAUUUACUCAUGGGGAGCAAAUAAUCUAGGUCAGUUAGGCCUUGGAUAUAAAAACCCUUCUGCAAACAAACCUCAUCUGAUUACCUCUCUUCAAGCAUCACCCAUCUUUUCAAUAAGUUCUGGUAGUUAUCACUCAUUUGGUCUUUCGUGUACUGGUGCUUUGUAUGGGUGGGGUAAAAAUGAGUUCGGUCAACUUGGUGUCGGAGAUAAUGAACAUCGAUCUACUCCAACCUGCCUGACUCAUCUGCGUAAUCAAAAAAUUUCCUUUGUCUCAGGUGGUGAAGAUUUUACAGCUGCAUUAACUGAGGAUGGAGGAAUAUUUACAUGGGGAGCUGGAAUGUAUGGCCAAACUGGACAUGGUGUAAAAGGGAAUGAACUUUUUCCUAAAAGAAUCUUAGAAAUGAUUGGAAACAAAGUCACCCAAGUGGCGUGUGGACGAUGCCAUAUGUUGCUUCUUGUCAACUCUGAUAAAAUUUACGCUUGUGGCUUAAAUGGUUGUGGUCAACUUGGUCUUUCCCACAACGAGAACAAAUUGAUUCCAGUCAGUUUAUCCAAAAUAGAUACGAUCCGAGUAAAUGAUAAAAUUACCAAAUCUGCCAUCACAUCAGAAAAGAUCGUCACUUCAAGAAGCUUAAAGAACUCAGAUGUUGAUAUGGAGUUUGAAGAGGAAAAUAAAGCUCUAAAAUACGAACAAAAUUAUCAAAUUGCAACUAGUCUAGGUGAUCACAGUUUCAUCAUUGUUGGACUCACAUCUGAGCCCAUUAUUUACAAUUUUUGGAAUAAAAAGACAAUAAUUAGUAAAUUUGACAAUUCAAUGUUGGAAGCUUUCACAUAUACACCAGCAUUAGCGCCCAUACCUAUAGAACAUUUAGAUUAUAUUGAAUUGACUUUUGGUUCUAUACCCUGUUGGAAUGCAAGUUAUGUUGAUAGGAGUAAACCAUUACCGUCAAUAGAUUGGAAUUCAUUGCGCCAAGGAUUUCAAUUUUUGGAACAGAUAAAAGAUAAUCGUUACAAUGAAGUUAUAUUUGAAAUCAUUGAAAACAACAUUUUGCCUCAACUUCCAACCAAUUUGGAUGAUAAAAUUGACUCAGAAAUCGCCCGAAUCUACCUUAUUCUUCCCAUGAUGCACUUUUUCAGUUCAGAAAUUCUUUCUCGUGAACUUUUGGACCGACUUAUUAUUGGUUAUGCCAAAUCAUCUCUACGUCUUAUAUCAUCUAAUACGGGUUUAUCUGUGUUGGAAAAUUGGUUUAAAGAUGAAUAUAACGCCUUUUUAUCACGCCGCUUAGUCAGAAUUUAUAAGAAACUCAUCGUCAAAUUGCUCAGUGAACAAGUUACUAAACACUCUCUAGAAGAAAGUCCCAACAAUGAGCGAGUUUAUACUUAUGAUCCAUUGGAUCAUCCCUUUGAAAAUAGUAAUCCACAGAGACGUGAUACUCGACCAAGAUUUCGAAUUGAUCCAAAUAUUCAAGAAUAUUUAACCAUCUGUUUGGAAUAUAUACAACUUCAUUUUAAAGUUAGCCAAAAAAGUGGAACCUUGUCUUAUAAAGAGUUUUAUAUUACCGAAAUAAGUGAUCUGGUCGAUAUUUCUAGAGAUUAUAUUUAUUGGCUAUGCCGAGCUCAACGAUCUCAUAGUAAACUUGACCUGUACCUUUGCAAUUAUCCGUUCAUCUUUGAUACUAAAGCCAAAUCAUUAAUCUUAGAAACAGAUUCAUCUUUACAACAACGUAAUGCAGCAGAAAAUGCUUUAUAUCGCAAUCUUGUUUUUGCCAGCGUUAUAUCGGCAACUGGUCCUGAAGAUCCUCAUUUGGUCAUUUCUGUUUCCCGUGAAAAUCUUAUCCGUGAUACUAUAUCACAAUUUCUGUCCAAUGGAACCAACAUUAAUUUCAAAAAGCCUCUUAAAGUUAAAUUCGAAGGAGAAGAUGCCAUUGAUGCUGGAAUGGGCAUGAAGAAGGAAUUCUUUCUUCUCGUUUUAAGAGAAAUUCUUGAUCCUAAGUAUGGAAUGUUCAUCGAGUACAAAGAUACGAACACUAUUUGGUUUAAUCCAAAAGAGCGAGAUUAUCUUGUGUAUGAGCUGAUUGGAAUUAUUUGUGGCCUUGCUAUUUACAAUCAAGCAAUCAUCAAUUUACCCUUUCCCUUAGUAUUGUACAAAAAGAUGCUUGGUGAAGAUCUGUGCCUUGACGAUUUAGGUUCAAUUGAUGCCACAUUAACUAGAAAUCUGAGGGAAAUUUUAAAUCCUAGUUACACUCCAGAUGAAUUUGAUUCUAUCUAUGGAGAUCUUAAUUUUACAAUUUCUUUGGAAAUUUUUGGAUCGCCAGUUGAUUACAAUUUAAUUGAGAAUGGUGAAAAUGUUAAAUUAACUUUGGAUAAUCGUCAGAGUUAUGUUGAUCUAUAUUGGAAGUUUAUUCUUAUAGAAUGUAUUGAGCAUCAAUAUUCCGCUUUCAAAAAAGGUUUCCAUCGAGUCGUUGAUUAUGAGAUUUUGAAAUUCUUUCACGCCGAAGAGCUGUUAGAAUUGGUUACUGGUCAAGAAGCUGAGGAUUGGGCUGAACUGGAAGAAAGUGCUUCAUAUAAAGCGCCUUUUAACAAACUCCAUCCAACCAUAAUAAUGUUCUGGAAAGUAUUUCAUAGCUUUACAGAUCCUCAACGAAAACAAUUUCUUCUAUUUUUAACUGGAUCCGAUCGAGUUCCCAUUCAAGGUAUGAAAUAUCUCAGAAUUGGUAUUCAACCUAUGAAAGUAUCACAAGAGCAUCUUCCUGUGGCUCACACUUGCUUUAAUAUUCUUGACCUACCUGAAGUUUAUACCUCAGAAGAUAAAAUGCGUUCAAAGAUACUUCAAGCUAUUGAAAAUUCGUCCGGCUUUACAUUGGCUUAAACAUUGAUUCAAAAAGAAAGGACUGUCUAUUAAAAUUAACGAUGAGAAAGGAAAAAAUUACCUCGAAAAGAUUUUUUCUUAAAUUUUCAUCAUAAAUUUCUUUAAUUCACAGAAUGUUACUAGUUUUAUCAUAAACUAUUCAAUAAAAGCUGUCAUUAUUUCUGUUAUCAUUGUUAUUAUUGAUAAUUUUGUUGCUUAACACCGUUUGUUAACAAUAAACUUUUACUUCGUUAA